CUUCUGUUCUACCGCUAACCGUCAGGGAGAUCUCAAACAUUCGCGAAUCAUCUGCGUAUUCCCAUCCACUACCUAUAAAUUCGCCCUUCCAAUUCGUCAUUCAUCAUCAGGUUAAAAAGAAUUCAUAAUUCACAUACUUCACAGUCUUCAAUAGAGCUAAUAUACAUAUCAUUCCACAGAAAACUAGCAAUUGCAAAAAUGUCGCUAAUUCCUAGCUUUUUCGGAAACCGACGGAGCAACGUCUUCGACCCAUUCUCUCUAGAUAUGUUUGAUCCCUUUCACGACUUCCCCUUCAAUACCACCUCUCAGUCCCUCUCCAUUACCGGCGGCGACACUGCUGCGUUUGUGAACACCAAAAUUGACUGGAAAGAGACUCAGGAUGCUCAUGUUUUCAAGGCGGAUUUACCCGGACUGAAAAAGGAGGAGGUGAAGGUUGAGGUGGAAGAUGGAAAGGUGCUUCAGAUCAGCGGAGAGAGAAACAGGGAGCAGGAGGAGAAGAAUGACAAGUGGCACCGUGUUGAGAGGAGUUCUGGAAAGUUCUUAAGGAGGUUCAGGCUGCCGGAAAAUACGAAGAUGGAGGAGAUCAAGGCAAAUAUGGAGAAUGGUGUUCUGACUGUGACCGUGCCUAAAAUGGAAGAGAAGAAGCCUGAGGUCAAGUCAAUUGACAUUUCUUCUGUCUAAUCAUAUUAAUCAAUUGUUAAUGUUAAUGAUCAGUGGUCCGAUCUUUUAAUUUUCAAAUUUAGUAUGUCCUUGUGGUGUGUUGUUAUUCCCUAUGUUUUGUAAAGAGCUAAUUAAUGUAAUAAAAAGUUUCAAGUUGUUUUCUAGUGAAGUUUUGAUCUCUGCUAUUUAUC